GAAGAGAGAUGGAGGGAAAAAGCAAGUGGAUAAAAGAUUUGAAUAUUCACUUAGGUUCAUAAUAUAUAUGAGAAUUUUUUUUUUUCUAGAGCAUUGGUUUUCAAAUUUUAGCAUACAUCAGAAUCACAUGCAAGUCUUGUUAAAGCAUCAACUGCUGGUCCUCAUUCCAGAGCUUAUCAUCAGUAAGUUUGGAGUGGGUCCCAAGUAUUUACAUUUCUAACAAGAUCCCAGGUAAUGUUCUUGCUGGGCAUCUAGGAUUCACACAUUUGACUAUUUGUCACUUCAUCUUUUCCAACAGGUUCACCAACAGUAUGGAACCCAGAAACCAAAUAGAUGCUUCAGAAUUCCUUCUUCUUGGACUGACAGAGGAUCCAGAACUGCAACCCCUCUUAUUUAGCCUGUUUCUGUCCACAUACUUGGUCACCUUCCUGGGAAACUUACUCAUCAUCCUGGCCAUCAGCUCUGACUCCCACCUCCACACCCCCAUGUACUUCUUUCUUUCCAAUCUCUCCUUCACUGACAUCUGUUUCAGCACAACCACGACACCGAAGAUGCUGGUGAACCUCCAAGUAGAGAAUCAGAGCAUCACAUACACAGGCUGCCUCACCCAGGCCUGCUUUGUAAUGAUUUUUGCUUGUUUGGAAAAUUGUCUCCUCGAAGUAAUGGCCUAUGACCACUAUGUGGCCAUCUGCCAUCCACUGAGGUAUACCAUCAUCAUGAAACCCAACUUCUGUGGCUUGCUGUCCCUACUCUCCUUGCUAACUAGCAUUGUGGAUGCCUUAAUUCACACUCUGAUGGUGUUGCACGUGUGCUCCUGCACAAACCUGGAGACCCCUCAUUUCUUCUGUGAACUUGUUCAAAUUCUCAAGCUUGCCUGUUCUGAUACCCUCAUCAAUUAUAUCCUAUUGUUUUUUGUGGCUACUGUUUGGGGUGGUGUUCCUCUCUCUGGAAUCAUUUACUCUUACACUCAGGUUGUCUUCUCUGUUUUGAGAAUGCCAUCAACAGGUGGAAAGUAUAAAGGUUCUUCCACCUGUAUGUCUCAGCUUUCAGUUGUUUCCUUAUUCUAUGGGACAGGCCAUGGUGUGUACAUCAGUUCUGCAUUUCACAUUUUCCCAGGAACAUAG